GUAAGUUAAGCUAUUAAAGUCGGAGUUUUGCAUAAAAGAUGUUGAGCUUGAUUUGUCAAGGAAAACUUUCCUUUGUUUCUUUUGAUCUCUUGCUCCUUGCAUUUCUUACAAUGACUAUUUCAUGACUUGAAGCUCUCAAACUUCCCUUUUUAUGUUUAACAGUCAGACUAGAUCCAUAUGAAUUUGGUGAAUAAUACUUGGCCAGCUACUAGUGAUAUCACCUUUGAUUUGAGUCUGAAGAACUCGUAGUAGUGGUGACAAAUAGAUAGAAAUGGGAUGUUCUACAUCAAAGCUGGAUAAUGAAGAGGCUGUUCAGCUUUGUAAAGACAGGAAGAAUUUUAUCAAACAGGCCCUUGAGCAGAGGACUCGAUUUGCCUCAGGACACAUUGCCUACAUACAGUCCUUAAAGCGUGUAUCUGCUGCCCUACGUAAUUAUGUUGAGGGAGAUGAACCCCGUGAGUUUUUCUUUGAUUCCUUCAGUACCCCAUCUUUCACACCAGUAAAGAAAACAUGUCCAAGUAUCAUCUCAAUCUCAUCAAAACCCUUCUCUACACCACCCCAAAUUCAGUCUGAAAGCAACUCAACUUUCAAAGUGAAUUACCUGAGAUCUGGUGGGAAUCCAUCCAUUUCUGUUGAGGAGAGACCCCAAUCACCAGCGACUGUGAGAAUCGAUGAGUCUUACUCUUCAAUGCACCACUUUGGGAUUGAUGGAUUCUUUGCAAUGCAGUCAUCCCCCAUGGACUCAUCAUUCUUUUCUUCAUCACCAAACAGGCCAAGUUUUCCUCCCCGCUCGCCUCAGACUGGACAAUGGGAUUUCUUCUGGAAUCCUUUCACCUCAUUAGAUGCUUGUGGUUACCCCACCCGCAUAAGUCUUGAUCAGACUGUCAUGGAUGACGAGACAGAAGGGCUUAGGCAGGUUCGUGAAGAAGAAGGAAUUCCUGAUUUGGAAGAGGAAGUUGAAGAACAAGAUGAACAGGCAGGAAUGUCAGAAGCAAGAGCUAAAAUUGAAAUGAAUUGCGCUAACUGUGAUGAUGAAAACGUUAUUGUUGAAGAUGAUACUGAAACUGACACUGAAGAUGAUACUGCCCAUGGAGCAAAAGGACUAAAAACCUACGGUACUGAGAGUGUUGAAGCAUCAGAAGCACAGAAUACAGUAGAACUUGAAAUCAGUAAUCAAGAGAUGGCAGUGGGUGAUCGAGAAGAUAAAGAAGAGACUCCCGGGUUUACUGUGUAUGUAAACCGAAGACCAACAUGUAUGGCGGAGGUCAUAAAGGAUCUCGAAGCUCAGUUCAUGAUAGUUUGCAAUUCGGCCAAUGAGGUCUCAACAAUGUUGGAGGCUACCAAAGCUCAGUACCCUUCAACCUCAAAUGAGCUCACAGCUGUGAGAAUGUUGAAUCCAGUUUCUUUGUUCCGUUCGGCCUCAUCACGCUCAUCAUCAUCGAGAUGCCUCUACUAUUCUUCAAUUUCCAGGGAUGAUGGUUAUGACAGCAGCAGUGACAUCUCUGAGGAGUCUUGUAUGUUCUCAGGGAGUCACCAAUCAACACUUGAUAGACUAUAUGCAUGGGAGAAGAAGCUAUAUGAGGAAGUCAAGGCUGGAGAACGGGUUCGUGUUGCCUAUGAGAAGAAAUUUAUGCAGCUAAAAAACCAAGAUGUGAAAGGAGAGCGUCCUUCUGUGGUGCAUAAAACAAAAGCCACAAUAAAAGAUCUCCAUACCCAGAUCAAGGUUUCAAUACACUCGGUUGAAGCAGUUUCAAAGAGAAUCGAAACUUUAAGGGACGAGGAAUUGCAGCCACAGCUUCUGGAAUUGAUACAAGGGUUAGCAAGGAUGUGGAAAGUUAUGGCAGAAUGUCAUCGAACACAAAAGCGAACAAUAGAUGAAGCCAAGCUCUUGUUAGCUGGUACACCCCUAAAACGGGCAGAACAUAAAAAACACAAUGAAAUAUCACCAACAGAACCACACAGACUUGCUCGAUCAGCUGCAAAUCUAGAGACUGAGCUUCGAAAUUGGCAAGCCUGUUUUGAGUCAUGGAUCGCUGCUCAGCGAUCCUAUGUUGAUGCACUAAAAGGAUGGCUCCUCCGAUGUGUCCGAACUGACCCAGAAACAUCAAAAUUACCAUGCUCUCCUCGACGCUCUGGUGGAGCCCCUCCAAUUUUUGGAACUUGUAUUCAAUGGUCCAGAUUCCUUGAUGACAUCCGUGAUAUCCCCGUGAUCGAUGGUCUUGAUUUCUUUGCAGCAGGGGUGGGUUCAGUGUAUACACAACAACUAAAGGAUGAUUCUCGCCGAACUCCAAUGGGAUCGAAGCGAUUCUCACCUGUUUCCAAUGGGAAUAUGGAGGUGGUGGAGGUGGGUCAGGUAGAAGAGGAGGUGAUAAUGAGCGCAGAGAAGAUAGCUGAGGUUGCCAUUAGGGUCUUGUGUGCUGGGAUGUCAGUUGUUAUGAGUUCUCUAACAGAAUUUGCAAUGAGCUCCACAGAAGGGUAUGCUGAUUUGGUUAAGCAAUGGGAGAAUGCCUCCUGGACACAAGAGGCCAGCAAAGGAGUCGUGUAAUUUCAGUCUGUAAUGUUUAUAGUAGAGUAGUUUGGUAAUGGGAUGUAAUUGUUUAUCAUAGAAUUACUAAAUUAUGCUAAUAUUAUGGUUCAUGUUUCUCAUA